AUGGUAGCCACCAGCACAAAUGAGGUUCCAAGCAUAACAAAUUAUGACAGAAAAAGUGAAGUAAAAACUUUUGAUGACACAAAGGAAGGUGUUAAAGGCCUUGUUGAUGCUCGGAUAACCCAGGUUCCAAGAAUUUUUCAUCAACCAGUAGAUCAGUAUCCCAUCAACAACACUUGUGAUUCAGAACCCACCAAAACCCAGCUCAAAAUUCCAGUCAUAGACCUGGAAGGCCUUGAAUAUGAUAACAAUCCGACCAAACGCAAGGAGAUUGUUGCCAAAGUUGGAGAGGCAUCAGAGACUUGGGGUUUUUUCCAAAUUGCCAAUCAUGGCAUACCUGUUGAUGUUUUGGAAGAGAUAAAGAAUGGGGUACGUGGGUUUUUUGAGCAAGACACUGAGGUGAAGAAAGAGCUUUACACUCGUGAUUACUUCAGACCUGUGAUCUACAACAGCAACUUCGAUCUUUAUAGUGCACCGGCGACUAAUUGGAGGGACUCUUUUUUGUGUAAUAUGGCUCCUAAUCCUCCUAAUCCAGAAGACUUGCCACAAGUAUGCAGAGACAUACUUGUUGAGUACUCCAAGCAAGUAAUGAAGUUGGGGAAGUUGUUGUUCCAGUUGCUGUCUGAGGCGCUUGGGCUGAAGCCAAGUCACUUGAACGACAUGGAUUGUAGUUUAGGGCUUCAGGUUCUAUGCAAUUACUAUCCCCCCUGUCCACAGCCAGAGUUAACUUUGGGCGCAAGCAAGCACACUGACGAUGACUUUAUCACAGUCGUUCUGCAAGAUCAUAUUGGUGGUCUUCAAGUUCUUCAUCAGAACAAGUGGAUUGAUGUACUUCCUGUGCCUGGGGCUCUAGUGGUUAACAUUGGAGAUCUUCUACAGCUUAUAUCAAAUGAUAGAUUCAGGAGUGUAGAACACAGGGUAUUGGCAAAUUGUGCCGGUCCAAGAGUAUCUGUUGCGAGUUUCUUUACCACAGGUUUUUUAGCAUUGCCACAAAUCUAUGGACCCAUUAAGGAGUUGCUAUCAGAAGACAAUCUUCCUAAGUACAGGGAGACAACUGUGAAGGAAUAUAAUGCUUACUUCUAUAACAAAGGCCUUGAUGGGACCUCUGCCUUGACUCAUUUCAAGCUCUGA